GCUGUCAGUCUUUGUGCUUCCGGCUUUACCGUUUGGUUUGUUGUGAGAGUUCCUGACUUCUGACUGAUUGACAUUUGAGUUGGUGAGAGUAACCAAAUAUGUCAGGAGCCCAUGACCACAGAAGGAAAUUACGACCCCCGAAAAUAUUCUUGCUGUCGGCCGAACAGCAUGUCCAGGGCCAUUCGGAAGGUACCAUCGUGCUGCCGCGGGGGUCCAUGUGCUCGGACAGACAAUCGAGUAGGAGCACAGUCGACUUUCUAUAUGUCAAGAUGCUGGAACUUGACAUCAUUGUACAAUUGGACAAAAGGGUUCUGGUUGAAGUCCCAACGGACUGUGUUGGCCUAUUGGAGCCUGUGGCCCAAGAGGCUCGCCUCGAAUUACUACGCACUCGUGAGAAGCUGCACGAGUUGGCCAAAUUACCCGCUGGUACGCCCUUGUGGGUCCGAAUGGAGCAAGUGGACGAGCUUGCUGAGGCCGAACUCAAAUACGUCGGGCCGCUGACGCCAGGGAGCAGACCUCAGUAUUUUGGGGUGCAACUCAAGGGCUCCGCGGCGGGCAAAGGCAAGGGCACCGGCGGUGGUCUCUUCACGUGCCCUGACGGCUGUGCCGUCUUCCUUCCGGUCAGCCACAUCAAGGUCAGACACUGGUCCAGCGGCAACGAAGCAGACGACCAAGAAAGGAAGCGCCCUGUCCGCCGCAGUACCGUCCACAACCAUCACAGCAACAAUCGCCCCGCACACGUGAACCUGCCCGGCGGCGGUGCCGCACAUCACGUCCAUGUGCCUCUGACCACCGUUCCUACUCAGUCUCAGUCGUCCAGUGGAUCGGCUGAGGAGGCAACUACCGGAACUCAACAUCCGGUUCGCGGCACUGCGUGGCCCCUGCCGUACAGUAUGGGUCAGCGGGUUACCAUCUCCUUGGAGGGCUCACCCGUAAGCGGAGAGGUGCGCUUCUGUGGUCCGCUGCCCCGUCAGCCCUCAUCAUCGAUUUACGUGGGCGUCUUGCUGGACACUCCUACGGGCAACUGGGACGGCCAUUACAGAGGAGAGAAGCUCUGCCAAAUUCCUUCUGCCCUCUAUGGAAAACUGCUGCCCGUCUCUAAGGUGUCCCCAGAGUCCAAGCAUCACGCCAUCCCUGAGUCCAAGCAUCACGCCAUCCCUGAGUCCAAGCAUCACGCCAUCCCUGAGUCCAAGCAUCACGCCAUCCCUGAGUCCAAGCAUCACGCCAUCCCUGAGUCCAAGCAUCACGCCAUCCCUGCCCCCCAGGUACUCAGAUCCAUCUUAAAGACCUCGCCACCUGCCACCAAACCGGCCCCUGCGUUGACGCCCACCUCUGCCUCCAAAGUGGCUCUGUUGCCACCCACCAUAAAACCCCCCAAACCCGUUCCUCCUCCACCGCCGCCGAAGCCGUUCUACGAUCACCUGCCUCUGCCCCCGCCCCCGCCGCCGCAGCCGCCACCCAAACCCGCCGACCUGGCAGUGGCGCAGCACACCAACGGCACUCAAGCCCCACCCUCGCCACCUGGCUCGCCGGAUACGGACCAGGGUGUGUUCGUGGACGACGUAGAAAACCUGGAGGUGGGCUCCAUGGUGGAAGUCAACAACCCACCGCUUUACGGUGUGAUCCGCUGGAUUGGACACAUCGAGGGAGUUCACGAGCCAGUGGCAGGCAUCGAGCUGGAGCAGGAGGUGUCGACAGCAUCCGACGGCACGUACCUUGGCGAGCGCCACUUCCACUGCCCACCUAACAAGGGGCUCUUCGUCAAGAUCGCUAACUGUCGGCGAGAUUCCAGAUUCCCCGCCCCCGAAGCUCGUGUCAAUCAAGUGGAGCGCUGCAACUCCAUAGCUUUCGCUGAGUGGCACAGCGAGCGCGUGGAGGAUGACACUCUCCCCGCCGACGGGGACGAGGCCAAGGAACUGUACCAGGGCUGGAAGAAAGGCAUCCAGGGCCACCUCAACUCCUGCUACCUGGACGCCACGCUGUUCAGCCUCUUCUCCUGUUGCAGCUCGGCAGACUGGCUGCUGUUCUGGCCCUCGGACGACACGGAAGCGGACCCGAGCUCAGGUCAAGCUCAAGACCUGCUGCGCUGCGAGAUCGUCAACCCCCUGCGCAGGUACGGCUACGUGUGCGCUAGCAAGACCAUGGCCUUGAGGCGACUAUUGGAGGCGGCCAACCAAGACGCAGGCUUCACCAGCCAGGAGAAAGACCCGGAGGAGUUCCUCAACAAGCUCUUCCUGCUCCUCCGCGUCGAGCCGCUCCUCAGGAUCAGAUCGUUGUCUCAAAAGCCGCAGGAGUGUCACUUAUACCAGCUCUUCCCGCCUCACGUUCCUCGUUCGCCCUCCCCCGCUGACGCUUCCGUUUUGCUGCCCUCGCCGCUGUUCAGCCCCAUGAGGGUGGCCAGCGUCCAAACCUUGCUGGAGUCCUCCUUCCUCCACGCCGGACUCAAGUUAGCCGAGGCUCCGUCCUGCCUCCUUCUGCUCAUGCCCCGCUUUGGGAAGGACUUCAAGAUGUUUGACAUCAUCUUGCCCACCCUCAGCCUGGAUAUCACAGACCUGCUGGAUGACACUUUGAGGCAGUGCAGCAUCUGUCAGGCUUUAGCCCAGUGGGAGUGCGCAGAAUGUUACGAAGACCGAGACAUCACACCGGGACACCUCAAACAGUACUGCAACACCUGCAACACUCAGGUUCAUAGUCACAGGAGGCGGACAUCUCACUGCCCGCUGGAGAUGAUCGUCCCCGAGGGGACGUGGAGUGCCCCCCUCGACAGCACUCGCCGGCAGAUGCUUCUGUUUGCCGUGACGUGCAUCGAGACCAGCCACUACGUCAGCUUCGUCAAACACGGGCCUCUGCCCUCCGAUUGGCUCUUCUUUGACAGCAUGGCCGACCGCCAAGGAGGUGAGAAUGGCUUCAACGUCCCCUUGGUGAGGCCGUGUCCCGAGGUGGGGUGCUACCUCAGCCUGUCGGAGGAGGAGCUGAGCAGGGUGGAUCCCGCCACCCUCCCGGAGCGUGCUCGCCGGCUCCUGUGUGACUCUUACAUGUGUUUGUACCACAGCCCCGAACUCAGCCUGUACAAGUGACAAGUACACCUCCUCCAACAACCAAUGCUCAAGUCUUUCACGAGACUGAUGACAACAACCCGUUAACGUGUUACAAUGACAAUUGCACUGCCAUUUUAUGAUGUGUGACGCCAUGUUUCACUGUCUUAAAUGUUUGCACUAAGAUAGCCAUGAUGUCCAAACUUGAAUUGUUCAUGGGUUGACUUAUUAACUGGCGGCAAUAACAAAGGAUCAAAUGUGUAAUAAAAGCUAAAUUAAUUUAA